AUGGAGUCAGGAUCCAUGGGCAGCGGCCGGAGCACACUCUUCCUCACCUCGUCCUCCUUCCUCGGCCCUCAGAGGAACGGCCCCUGCUGCCCCCCAGGCCUGCCUGCCAUCACCAUCCUUGGGUCGGGGGACUUCUCCCGGGCGCUGGCUCUCAGAAUGCUGCGGACGGGCUUCCGGGUGGUGGUGGGCAGCCGCAGACCCAAGCAGGCGUCUCACUACUUCCCUCAUGUGGUCGACGUGACGCACUACGAGGAGGCAGUGGGGAAGGCCAACGUGCUGUUCCUCGCCAUCCGCCGAGAGCACUACUCUGCACUAUGGGACCUCAAGCACCUGCUGGAAGGGAAGGUCCUGGUGGAUGUGAGUAACAACCGGAGAGUGAACCAAUAUCCAGAGUCCAACGCAGAGUACCUCUCCUCCCUGCUGCCCGCCUGCACAGUGGUCAAGGGCUUCAACGUCAUCUCGGCCUGGGCCAUGCAACAGAACUACCCCAUGGAUGCCAGCACACACGUGUACAUCUGCAGUGACAGCGUAGCAGCUAGGCAGCAGGUGAUCGAGCUGGCCCGGCUGCUGCACUUUCGCCCUGUGGACAUGGGGCCCCUGAGCUCGUCCCAGGACAUCGAGAACAUGCCUCUUCGCUUGUUUCCUGGCUGGAGGGGGCCCGUGCUGACCGCCGUGGCCCUGUCCAUCUUCUUCUUCUCCUACUCUUUUGUGCGGGACGUGAUCCACCCGUACGUGAGGUCCAGUCAGAGCGACUUCUACAAGAUCCCCAUGGAGGUGGUGAACCGCACCCUGCCUGCCGUGGCCCUCACUCUGCUGGCCCUGGUCUACCUGGCUGGACAGGUGGCUGCAGGGCAUCAGUUGUACUACGGGACAAAGUACAGGCAGUUCCCGGGCUGGCUGGAGGGCUGGCUGCGCUGUCGCAAACAGCUGGGUCUGCUCAGCUUCUUCCUGGCAGCCGUGCACGUGUUCUACAGCCUGUGUCUGCCCAUGAGGAGGUCUGAGAGGUACCAGCUGCUCAACACGGCCUACCAGCAGGUGCAUGCCGAGGUGGAGAGCACGUGGAACGAGGAGGAGGUGUGGCGUGUGGAGAUGUACGUGUCGUUUGGGGUCAUGAGUCUGGGUCUGCUGUCGCUGCUCGCUAUCACGUCUCUGCCGUCGGUCCACAGCGCCCUCAACUGGAGAGAGUUCAGCUUCAUACAGUCGACUCUAGGCUACAUGGCUCUGCUCAUCGCCACUCUGCACGGGCUGCUGUUCGGCUGGAGGAAGGCCUUUCAGUGGGAGAUGUACCACUUCUACCUGCCGCCCAGCUUUGUGCCGGCCCUGGCCCUGCCUGUGUGCGUGGUGCUGGGGAAAGGGCUGCUGCUACUGCCCUGCCUGGCCCGACCACUGCGGAUGAUCCGGAGGGGAAGAGAGCAGAGCCACAGGCAGGACGGGCUCUCACGUCUGGAGCCUGUGGGAGCCGCAGUGUCCCCUGAGAGGGUCACCAUCAUGUGA